AUGGCACCUCUUUCUGAUGACGUGAAUAUUGAAAGCAUUCAAAGCCAAGUUGCUGAGAGGUUAGGUACGCAACUCAAUGAAAAAAUUGUGGACACAAGAGCUUCUCGUCUACGUGAGAGGUUGAAACAUGCAAAGAAUAUGCUUCUUAUAUUGGAUGAUCUUUGGGAUGAACUUGAUUUGGGCAAAGUUGGAAUUCCCAUGGAUGCAUUUAUAGAGAAUGAAGCACGAGAAUUGUUCAAGAGGAUUGCUUAUCUUUCUUUCAACUCAAGUGGUCCUGAUUUGAUAUCUAUUGCUACUGAGAUUGUUCGAAAGAGUGGAGGCUUGCCAAUAGCAAUUGUUACAAUUGCCAAAGCAUUAAGGAAUAAAGAUGUGAAUAAAUGGAAGGAUGCCCUUGCAUGUCUGAAAAAUCCUUUACGAAGAAGCAUAACAGGAAUUAAAGAGAGCAGAAAUUUAGCUCAUCACCAGACAAAACAAACACGGACGAACAACGAAGAGGAAGAGACUGAACGAGUUUUUCCAGCAAGGAGAAGAGAGGAUCAACGAUUUUCCUCGCACUACAGUACAGUGAUGACAGCUGAAGAUCAGCAUGUGGUCGAGAUUGGUGAAGGAAGCUAG